UCAAUUCCACAAAUUUAUUGUGCUUAAUUGCAUUCAAAGUGUACACACGGACUGGAAACGCAUCGUGUUUACUUAAGAAGUUCAAGUGACGUUUCGAAAAUUGCUAUAUUGCGUCUUUUCAUACUGUUGGAUUGUACACUGCGCUCCCUGGUCAUUUACCAGGCAGCUAAAGAUUUGUGUUUUGUGUUCGCUGUGGUCGUUCUACUUACCGAAGUAAAUAAAACGAACUUUUAGGACAAACUGAUAAGGAAUUAUAAUAGCCAGAGGCGCAUCACGAUGGAUACCAGUGCCGAUAAUCUGGUGCCUCUUGACGAUACAACGACACUGCCUGAAUUCAGUUUCGAUGAUUUAUUGGAAACGAAGCAGCUCCAUACAGAACACGUUAACGAUGAUGAUGAUGAGGAGUUUGUAAAAGAGCCGGCUACUGAGACGCUUAACACAAAGCAGCCCAAAAUAUCACACACUCUGCAAAUAUUGGAGAACAAGCGUUUGCCAACAAUAAAAGUAACGGCCUCAACAACAGCAACGACAGCAGCAACUACAACAUUAGGUACAAGACCAUUAAUAACUGAUAUAAAGGUUUUAAAACCUGUUCAAGGUGCGCGGCCUCUAAAUCCUAUCACCUUGUCCAGUGGAGGAACAGCAGUCAAAAUAGCUGGGGGAGCAAACAGCCCUAGUUCAGCGCCCACAGUCACCAAAGGUUUAAGCGGUGUGACACAAAUUAAGACCAGCGAUGGCAGAGUAAUCUUUUUGCAAAAGGCACCGCCAAAAGUGGGCGCCACAGCAACAGCAUCAGUAGCAUUUCCAACUUCGACGCCCAAAGUUGUGGCGGGAAAAAUAGUACCACGGCAGCCAUUGACGCUUCCUACGGGCAUACAAAAAGCAAUGCUGAGCAAAGGCGUUACCAUAGCACCGACAGGCCUGGUGAAGGCUGGCAUGCCUUCUUCGUCUGGCAGCAAGACCGUUACGAUCAAAGGCAUAACACCCAUUGCUAAUGCAAAAGUGACCAGCAGUGGGAUAAGAACAGGAGCAGCCACAACGGAAACAAUGAGCACAUCCACGGUUAUAGGAGCAGCGGGCCGGAAAACUAUUACUGAAGCAUCAUCCACACCAACUACUCUGUCAAAGAUGCCCAUUCAAAUGGUACGAACUGCAGAUGGCAAGCUCAUUAAAUUAAAUACGAGUAUGGUUUUGAGCAAACAGGCUGCAACGAACAGUUCCACAACAGCAACAACAACAACACCAGUUGCUAUUAAAACAACAAACACGGCUCUUACGGCGACGACUACAACACCCACAACAGCAAUCAAGCUUUCGCCAAAUAAUGUGGUAAUCACCAAAAAAGUGUUAAACGACCCCAGUGGCAGUGUUGGUGGACAGGUGGCUAUCAAAACCCCUACAAAAGAGUCCCCCUCGGAGUUACAUAAAAAGCAGGCAACAACGGGCAGUCCAAGCUCCAGCAGUCCCUCCACUGACACCACCACCACCACAACCACUUCGCCAGCCGUGCCAGCUGGCAAAAUGUUACUCCAAAGCUCGACAGGCAAACAAAUUGUCGUAGCAAACAAAAAUAUUAUUAAAUUAUCCCCAAAGCCAGGAGCAACAGGCGGCAUAACCAACACCAGCGGCUCUACUUCCAGUGCUGGCAGUGGAGCUGUGCACGCCAUUCAGGUACCCGGCAAGAGUUGUGUGCAAUAUGUGCGCGUGAUGACCAAUAAAGUUGGCGCAGCCACGCCUACUUCAAAGGUGAGCACUUCUACGACUGGAAGCAGCAGUAGCAACAACAAAGUGUCUAGCUCUGGUCCACAAAAGGUGACGCUAGUGCGGCCAGGCACAUCGUCUGGAGCUGUUAACAGUGCAAUUACUGGCCCCACUAAGUUUAUGGUGAAGCAGGCGGGCGGCAAUAUAAUACCGUUGUCAAAUGUGCAGGGCCUCAUGUCAAAGCGUCUUCUGAGCUCUGCCGCCAGUCCAACUUCAGCAACCGCAGGGACUAGUAUUUCGCCAGGAAGUAGCAGCAGCCGAUUGAUUGCUAAGACGCCAGUCAGUAGUCUGGAUGCCGCACGCAAGCAUAAACUUAGCGAUCUCAAUGUACAGUUGAAGCAGUUGACUGCUGAUGAUGCCAGUGAUGGCAGCGACGCUGGGCCGGAUGCCAAGAAGGCACGCUACGUGUUGAUGAUGCAGAAGAGCAAACAGCAGCAGCAGCAGAAAAUGCUGCAAGCCCGUGCUGGCGUGCAACGCGCUACGGUGCAGGGCGCCGGAAAUGCCGCCGCUUCGAGCAUCACCAGCAAUAGCAGCAACGCUGCUGGUAGGACUACAAUACUGGGAAGGAAGGUAUACAAUCUGGUUAAGACAUCGGGCGCCAAUGGCGUGAAGUAUAUGAUAUGUAAUUCAAACACUGGAGCCAGUGGCGUACCGCGUACCUUGUCCGGUGCCGUAAAGCGACCAUUAAGCUUGGCCGAGGCCAAGCAACAGUUGCGCUUCAAACAUCUGAAGGCUGUACAUCUGCAGAAGAUGCAAGGCCAGCAAAAGAUGCUGCGGCCUGUAUCGCAGCUCCAGAAAUCGCAUCAACAACAGCAGCAACAGCUUAAGGAUAAAGAGAAGGAGCAGAAGCAAAAGCAGCAGCAACAACAGCAGCAACUGGAACAAUCCAGUACUAAACCAGCGCCUGUCAAACCGCUUUUUGACAUACUUAAGCCAGCCGGGAACUCUGCGGCUGCCGCUGCAGCUAGUACUGCAUCCAAUCCAGUCGAUGCAUUGGGUGCAUUGGCCAGCAGACGAAAGCAUUGCAAUUGCAGCAAGUCGCAAUGCUUGAAACUAUAUUGCGACUGCUUCGCCAAUGGAGAGUUCUGUCAGGACUGCACUUGCAAGGAUUGCUACAAUAAUCUUGAGUACGAGGAUGAGCGACAGCGUGCUAUACGCAGUUGCUUGGAUCGCAAUCCUAGUGCUUUCAAACCCAAGAUAACAGCACGAGAUCACGGGGACAUGCGAUUGCAUAACAAAGGCUGCAACUGUAAGCGCUCCGGCUGUUUGAAGAACUACUGCGAAUGCUACGAAGCCAAGAUACCCUGUUCCAGCAAUUGCAAGUGUGUCGGUUGUCGAAAUAUGGAAGAUCGCCCGGAUGUGGAUUUGGACUCGUUGGAUGCAGUAACUGGCGAAAUCAAUAGUGCAAGACAAAGUAAAUCUAUGAAUGGCCUGAUCGGCCAGGAGAAUCGCACCAAUGCCUACUUGACGGACGAUGUCGUUGAGGCCACGAUUAUGUGCAUGAUAUCUCGCAUUGUUAUGGAUGAGAAGCAAAAUAUGCCGUUGGCAGAUACCGAACGGGAGGUGAUGGAAGAGCUCGGAGAGAGCCUGAAUCAGAUUAUCCUUUUUGCUAAGGACAAAAACGACACGUCCCAACUGGACGACCCCAAGUCAGCUUAGAGCUCUAUAUCGGUGUAUAUUUUUUUCUGCACCAAAUCAUUUUUAUUACACUUCAUUGAUGAAUUAGAUUUUAAGUGAGAAAAGUCUUAUAACAACCGAGUCCAUUGACACUUCAAAAACGUAUACCUUUAUAUCAUUAUUAUCUUUCCUUUUUUGAACUUUUUAAAAGUUGACCCUAUUGUGUGAAGUGAAAACAAUUUGAUUAUGGCAAUAGUAUGCCUUCGUAUAUACAUAUGUAAAUAAGUUAUAAAUAGCCAUAUACAUUGCACGCUCGCGGACUUAGUAAAUUGCAAAAUAGCAAAUCUUUUAAGAAUUAACUGAUUGACUAAUUAUGUUGGAAACUAGUUAUUAAAAUGAAACACCUUACACUCGAUGUUGUUUCUGUAUAUAAUCGUGUUUAAAUUAAAUAAAACUAUAUUUAAAAUUGUA